UAAUGACGUAGCGAAAAAUAAUACAAAUCUCAAAGAGGUACCAGCAGCUGCUUGGGUUUGGAAUGGAUAACUUAAACUGUGCCGUUAUUCCAAACCCUCUUCUUGUGAUUUUAUUGUUGUUGUCCUGUAUAUUUGGGUUGUCACCUGGUACGGAACUCAGCUUUGUGACAUGCGGAUCAGUCAUUAAAUUGUUGAAUAUCAAGCACAAUGUGAGACUACACUCGCACGACGUACGCUACGGUUCUGGUAGUGGGCAGCAGUCUGUAACAGGGGUGACUGCGGUGGAAGACAGUAAUAGCUACUGGAGUGUUCGUGGGACUAGUGACACCUUGUGCCAUCGAGGUACCCCAGUCAGGUGCGGGCAGACAAUCCGCCUCACCCAUGUCAACACAGGCCGUAACCUUCACAGCCACUACUUCGCCUCCCCACUGUCCUCCAACCAGGAGGUGAGUGCGUUUGGCGACGAAGGGGAAGGGGACCAUCUGGAUGAAUGGACAGUUCAGUGUGGGGGAUCUGUAUGGAAGCGUGAGGAGGCCGUUCGUUUCCGUCACAAGGCCACUGACGCACUGCUGUCAGUGACAGGGGAGCAGUACGGACGGCCGAUUCACGGUCAGACGGAAGUUCACGCCAUGUCGAGCCCCAGCCAGCACAGCCUGUGGAAGGCCAUGGAGGGCAUCUUCAUGAAGCCCAGUGAGAGACCGGCGGGAAGCCAAGACCACAGUCACCUACACACAGAGUUCUGACCUUGACAUUUCUUUUCUGCUUCUGUCAUUUCCUGUUUUUCUCUGUCUACCACUGUAUUCUCACCUCUGUCCCUAAAUACAUCUGUACCAGCAGCCUCAACCCACAACCGCCCCUUCUCUUGUCUCAUUUUUCUCUCGCAUUACCUUUUCCAUCAUCUUGCAAGGAGACAGUGCCAAAGUCUGUCAUGAAUCAGGGUACAAUGACUUCAUCUUAUCACAUUCGUUGUGUUGUAGAAAACACUACUUGGAUCCUCAAAGAUCCAGCAGCUAUGCUCAGACAGAUAACAAUGUUCGAAUACCAUUCUAGUUUGCCUUAACAGGUGCGAGAACACAGAAAAGUAUUGAAAAUGCUGUUUUACAGAAUGAAGACUAAUCUUUAUUACUGUUUGUGACACUUUACAUCCAAUUAGAGGUGUUCCUCUUAGCUGUUAUUUAUUGUUAAAAUAACUGCCGUGAACAGUCAUGCUACAAAGCAGAAGCCACUGCAGGUCUUGCAGAUCAGUACAUUAAAGUCAUCAAGUGAGUGUUUUGUUGGACUGAAAAAAAUAAACAUUGUUACACACGUGCCUUUAUCCUUUUUAAGAAGCAGUGGGUGUUUACAUUGUGGAGCCUUUCAAACUUUUGGAAACAUUAAGAAUUUUAUUGUGUUUUUAUGGUAUUUGUAAGCCAUAUUCUCCUUAAACAAUGGAUAAGCAGUGUUACUAUGGAAAAUUACCUUUGCCUCCUUGUUUUUAUCCCACACUAAUUGUCACGAGAGAAUAAACAGCUUUGUGUUUUUUAUGUACAUCAUUGAACUGGAUGCUGUUUAUUAUCAUCUUUUGAAUAGUUUCCACGUGCUGGGAGAAAGUACAGUGUUUUACAUUCAUGCUGUCUGUGCAUGCAUGUGUGUUCGAUCAACUCUGUUCCAGAGGUUCAUAUGAGCUACAAACAUGCAACGAAUACCUCAUAUUAAAGCAUUUUUUAUGCAUAG